GCGAUGUUCACGACUCCCAUCCCCCAACCUUCGUUGGAGUUUGUCUGAUCGCGCUCCGUCCACCCGUCUCCUACGCCUUUCCGUUCCUCAUCCCCGUCAUCCCCUUUCCGUCCGGGGUGGCGUCCUUCCGGUAAUCCAAAGCCGCCGCAUCCCAACCCCCGUGGUCUGGCCCGCACCACGAUCCGGUGGGUUGCGGUAUUAUUGCAAUGAGCUUGACCUCGCGCGUCCUGGGCCUGUUUACGACGACAGAGACGCCGUCUUCGGAUUCGCCCGCGUUGGCCUCCCAUCUCCCGAACAUCCACGGCAGCGACCAUGCCCGCCCUGCGGCUGACCAUGAUGCUGCGUCAUUGCUCGACGAGGAGGAGCCUCGCCCUCCGUACAUCCACGCCAUGUUCGCUGGAGGGAUAGGAGGCACAUGCGGUGACAUGCUCAUGCAUUCAUUAGAUACAGUCAAAACGAGACAACAAGGCGAUCCAAACUUCCCCCCCAAGUACGCAUCGAUGACCUCGUCCUAUGCGACCAUCUUCCGACAGGAGGGGCUGUUCCGCGGCCUCUACGGCGGAGUUACGCCUGCGCUGUUCGGCUCCUUCCCAGGCACCGUGAUAUUCUUCGGAGUGUAUGAAUUCACCAAGCGACAGAUGAUUGACAUGGGCAUCAAUCCGAGCUUGGCCUAUCUUUCGGGAGGUUUCUUCGCCGACUUGGCCGCCUCCAUUGUAUAUGUCCCGUCCGAGGUCCUGAAAACGCGCCUACAGCUUCAAGGCCGGUACGACAAUCCUCAUUUCAACUCGGGAUAUAACUACCGCUCAACUACGGAUGCGCUGCGCACGAUCGUUCGACAGGAAGGUUUCAGGGCGCUGUUCUAUGGGUAUAGGGCUACCAUUUACCGCGACCUUCCCUUCUCGGCUUUGCAAUUCGCCUUUUACGAACAAGAACACCGACUGGCUAAGGAAUGGGUCGGCUCUCGCGAUAUUGGACUGGGCCUGGAGAUCCUCACGGCGGUCACGGCCGGUGGAAUGGCUGGCGUUAUGACGUGCCCCAUGGAUGUCGUCAAAACCCGAAUUCAGACACAGAAAAAUCCGGAGGCCUCGAGCUCGAAUCGCACGUUGGGUUCAACGAAGGCCGCGGGCGACCCUGCAUCGACCAAGGAGGGACCCCGGCAUCAUGCGCCGUCCCAUACCACGUCCAACUUGCGCGCCCACUCACGACCCAUCUCGACAUCCGGGGCUUCGACAUCGGUAGCGCCGCCCGGAGCUCCCCGCCUGGAUACGUCAUCGUUCCUCACAGGGCUGAAGAUGAUCUAUCAGACCGAAGGCCUGGCAGGGUGGUUCCGCGGUGUCGGGCCCCGAGGUGUGUGGACUAGUAUCCAGAGCGGGACAAUGCUGGUCAUGUAUCAGUAUCUGUUGAAGAAGUUUGACGCCUACCAGGGUGAGGAGGGGGACUCACUCUGAAGGUGCGUCUGUGCGACCCGGGUUCCUGAUCAACUGGCAUCAGAACCGAGGAUGACAGGCUAAAGACAGCCUUGGACAAAAACAGUGUCCGUUGUAGAUAAAAAAAACAACUCACCACCACGGAGCAUCUGCAUCAUAGACGGCUGGAUUGGAGCGGCGUCUCAGGGGUGUGGCAUGGUUUCUCCUUUUCGUUUCUCUCGUGUGUUUCUAAUUAUUGGAUUCCCCAUUCCCCUCUCACGGUCGUCCGCAUCUCCAAUCAUGGCGUGGGUUUUGUUUAUACAAUUUCAUUUGGAGAGGAUCAUGUACGGUUACAUAUAGACAGACAGACAUUAGACAGGGCUAGCUAAUUACGG